AUGGGGGGUUUUUCGUUACUGGGGGUGGGGUCUUACUUUCAGUCCGCCCUGUUCCCCUCAAAGUCUACAAUCACCAAAGAAACAAUCGAAAGCCUCUUACUUGUGGCCAAAAUCUAUCUUAGGAGAUCUGACGUCGACAACACGAUACUCUCAAAGAUUCUCACGCAGGGACCAAAAGCUCUGUCUUCCUAUCAACCCAUCGCCACGGACGAGUCUUCCGAUCAAGCUGAACGAAAGAAACUGACAAGGAAGAAGCCUCUGCUCGGCUCUCUCCUGGAGGCGGCGAUUCGAAGUGGCAAUCAGAACCUUGCCGCUCUCCUGGUGAAGUACGAGAUUGACAUGUCGCGGGGCAAAAGUUACAAGGCACCAGACGGCAACAAGAAAAAGAUCAAAAAGUACUACGAUACCUACUUUUGUCGAAUGGCACUCAAGUAUGGGGAUGUGGAGACAUUCUCAGUUCUGCUUGAGUGCUCAGACGGUCGGAUGCUGCGAGGAGAGUUCGCGGACUUGCUUAUGCAAGUUGUAUGCAAUCGGCAAAUGGAAGCACUGCGACUUUUGCUGGACUGCCCUUAUUCACUUCAGGAGCCUCCUGUACGAGACCCUGUUUGGGGAUGGCGGUAUCCGGCGUACGGGUCGCAGCAUCGAGGAGUAGAAACAGGCUUGGAAGAAGCCAUCUCCCAUGGUUAUGCGCAGAUAUUCGGCAUGAUCCUAGAUUCUGCCCACGCAAACGAUAGAAACUACUGGAUGUGCAGAUGGGAAAAGACUUGCGGCUUACCUUGGAUGUCUGCGGAACGGCCCUAUGAUGGGAGCUUUCCCAUCGAGAUCGCCGCCGAGUGCGGGGAUGAGUCCAAGUUGACUUCGCUGCUGAUUGGAGGCGCCAGUCCUUACGGGCCAAGUCUGAGGUGUGUCGAGGCAUAUGCGAAGAAAACAAAGCCUGGUCUGAGCAUAACCCAUCUCAUGCCCAUGAUAUCUGCUGCGAAAAACUGGCAUAUCGGAUCAGCUCUCAUUCUGAUCAAGGGUGGCUUCGCGUGUAGCGAGCAGGAGUGGUUACUUGUCAUGGGCACCGCAAUAACGAGCAGACGACAUGUUAAAGGAGCCGGCGCUUUGAAAGGAGACGAUGGAGAAUGGGAACAGACUGCCCAACAACGAGACAUGGUAUUUUGGGAAAGGUUGUUCGAUGCUAUUGACAUGGACCUCCAUCAUCUUGAAGAUGACUGUCCGUGGUGUCGAACAUUCCCAGUUUACAUGGUCUCUCCCCUUGGGAGAAGUGUAAAAGCUGCGCGAGAUUUCAUCCGCACUGCUCUUCAGAUCAGUGGCCACAAGGAGUUCGAGGCGCGCAGGGCCGAUGAGACAAAUGUACUGUUCACUGUGUGA